AUGUGUCGCAAAUCCCAUAUCAUCGCUCGCAAGUCCUUCAUGUGCCUCGUGUGCGGCAAAGUGUUCGGCCAAAAGGGCCAUCUGAUGAUUCACAAGAAUGUCCACGCGGAGGUCAGGCCCUUCGGAUGCGACACCUGCGGCAGGCGCUUCACUCAGAAGGGGAACCUCCUUCGACACUUGGUCUUGCACACCAACGAAAAGCCCUUCGGGUGCCUCGUGUGCGGCAAAGUGUUCGGCCAAAAGGGCCAUCUGAUAAUUCAUAAGAAUGUCCGCGCGGAGGUCAGGCCCUUCGGAUGCAACACCUGCGGCAGGCGCUUCACUCAGAAGGGGAACCUCCUUCGGCACUCGGUUUUGCACACCAACGAAAAGCCCUUCGGAUGCGGCACCUGCGGCAGGCGCUUCACUCAAAAGGGGAACCUCCUUCGGUACUCGGUCUUGCACACCAACGAAAAGCCCUUCGGAUGCGGCAUCUGCAGGAAGUUCUUCGUGCAAAAAGCUCAUUUGGUGAAACACGUCGUGAUGCACAGGCAGAGGCUGGCUGCCCUCAAAAGGUGUCGGCGGAGAGAGGCGUCCCAGCGAGGGACUCUCGCUGAGACCUCCCUCAGAAUUUCAGCUAUUAAAUUAUUCUUAAACGAAAAUGUUAUUUUUGCGCUGUCGGGGAAAUAUGACAUGGAGGGUCCGCCACCCCGAAGUUGGAUGUGUAUCCAUGGUCACGUGAAACUCCCUAUAGAACUCUCAGAUCAGACAGAAAGUCAUAUGAGUUGUUUCCGAGAUUCCAAGAUGAUCAACAAGUCGUUCAGGUACCACGUGUGCGGCAAAGCAUGUCCACGCGGAGUUAUUGCUAACCUUACUAAGAUACAAGAAGUAAAUGACUGA